UAAUUACCUGUAUUUUCCUCAGUGAAAACAUACGGAUGAGGAAAAACUGUUAGGAUUAACACUCGCUGCAUUUCUUUUUUAGAUUGUGGAAGCCGCAAAGCAUCUUUCAGUACAAGAAUUGUUGGAGGCCAGGAUGCAGGACUUGGUGAAUUCCCAUGGCAGGUUUCCCUGCAGAAAGGUACAUCUCAUUUUUGUGGAGCAGCAAUCAUUACUGAGUACUGGCUUGUGAGUGCAUCGCAUUGUUUCCCAUCUUCUGCCUAUGAGAUUGUUAAUGUGGUUGCAGGGACAGUUGACCGUACCAAAGCAGGACAAAUAGUUACAACUGCCAAGGUUAUUCGGCAUGCUAGUUACAACAGCAAGACCUUUGAUAAUGACAUAGCACUUGUGCUACUGAAAGAACCACUGGUGUUCACUGAUGAUGUCAAACCUAUUUGCUUCCCUGAUGAUCGAGAUAUGGAUGUGGAAACAAUGGCAAUAUGCUGGGUGUCUGGAUGGGGUUUAACAAGUUCAGUGAGUAAAAGUGGGCCAGUGAAACAGCAGAAGCUGGAUAUGAGUGAAGACCCUGAAUGUGACUGGAACUUAACACCAAAUAUGCUCUGCAUGUCAAAUGAAGACCCUGCACGUACUGGAUGCAAGGGAGACAGUGGAGGACCACUAGCAUGCCAAGACAGGAAAUCAAAGGUGUGGAUUCUUGCUGGAGCAGUCAGCUUUGGUAGUAGCGAAUGUUCAGGUGCUACUGUUUUUACCAGACUUUCCAACUACAUUAGUUGGGUUAAAUAUCAAACAGCAGAGGCAGGAAGACCUUUCAUUCCCUAUGUUAGUAAAGGUGCAGCAUCUGAAGUGAAUCAAAAAAACACAUCACCUGUUUAUCUGCCAAAGGUUGAGAUCAUUCCACAAGCAGUGACAGUCCAGAGACCACAGCCUCCUUAUGGCCAAGUAAGGAGCAUGACCAAUGAAGACCAGCCAACAUCUGGAAGAGUGACUGUUGUUCCUUGGCUAUUAGUUUAUUACCUAAGUAUGGUUUUAUAUUUUUUCAGCAUGAACUAAGCAAAUAUUUGUAAAUUGUCUACCAGCAUGUAAUAAAAUGAUUUAUUCAGUG